GUCGGUUGGUUGUCAAGAUGGCGGUGGUGGGGUUCCUGCUGACACCUCUGCUAUUGCCAAGCAAGGUCGCCGCUGCCGCAGCUGCCAUCAUCACUACAGCCACCAGCGCCACUGUGCGGGAGCCAAGGCUGCCGCGGCCAACCCUUCUGUGCCGGUGACGCGAGGCCCGAGAGUCGGAGUGUAGGGAGGGGCCGAGAAGGAGGAGGAAAGGAAGGAGGAGGAAGCCAGAGCUGCCAUGAGGGAGGCGCUAGGGGCGAGCGGGGAGGCGGCGCUGAGGUGAAGGAUGCUGGCGGGGAGGCCCGGAGCCCGGAGCGCGGUCACCGGACUGGGCAUUGAAUCCUCGGACACCCUCGACAGAGCCCCCCUCAGCCCUCGGGAGAGCGGCGGGCGUCACCGACCUGGCGCUUACCUAGAUAUGAAAAUCCACCUAGAGAAGAAUUUAGAAGAAGAGCGCCAAAUAUUACUGCAGCAACAAAAAAUAUGUCGAAAUCGAGCACGUAAAUAUUUUGUGGAGUCAAAUAGGAGAAAAAAAUUUAGAAGUUCAGAUGAUGACACAAAAGUCUUAUUUUUUCAAAAACCAGUUCCUCCAUUAGAAGAGGCCCUCAAGCAAAUACAGGAAUCCAAUUUAAAAUCAGAAUUAAAUCUUCCCUUUUCCUAUGGACCAACAGUAAACUGGAGAACUAUAGAUUCUGCCUUGCCUUCAGCAUUGUCAAAAAAUGAUCACAACCAUCAGAAACAACUCUUAUCCAAAAUCAAUUGUGAUAAAGAAGUGAAAGAAAACAUCAGGGAAAACUUGACUACUAACAAAAAUGUGUUCCAGCUUAAACUGGAGGAAACUCAGAAACUCCUUGAAGAUCAGCAUCUAAGCAGUUUGCAAAAAUUUUGUGAUGAAGUUAAUCAGAUAACCACUUCUGAAACCCUCUCAAGUACAGACAGUCUUGAGGCUGGAGAGCGGGAAGAAAUAUACUUAACACUUAAUAAGGAGCCUUGUACAUCAAUCCAGCAGAAUACGAUUUCCCUCAAAUCAGCAAAUUUGCGAUCAACUAAUCUGAGCUGCCUUGAGGAAGAUAAACUGUCAUUCUCUAAAACUCAACAUAUAAAUAAUUGGCUUACCAAUUUAGAUGCUCCAAAUACCCAGACUGUCACACCUUUCUCAGAUAUUUUGAGUAAAUCCAAUGUUCCACCUGCGUGGGAAUGUUUUAAUUGUAAAGAACAAAAUCUAUCUACUUUGAGUAGUACUGUGGAAAGAGCCACAAAUACUGCUGAUAAUUCAGCAGCCUUUGUUUAUAGUCCACCCUUAUUUGUACUAGAUAAAAAAAGUGAAAAGGCCUCUGAAACUAGCACUAUGAGGACAAUCGACUCCACUUCUGCAGCAUUCAAAAGAGAGAGGCCAUUAGUUACUGAGAACCCAACAUUUAAAUUCAGCAAAGCCUGGGGCACUUCAGAUUCUCUAACCCAGGAAGUGGCUACAUUUUCAGACCAAGAGAAAUAUUGUGAAUUAACUCAAGAAAAUAGAACCACUUCAGUUCCUACUUCAUGCAUACCAGCAGCAACACCUUUAGUUUUGCCAUCUAAUACACAAUCGGCUAGACCUUUAGCAAAGAAUAGUAUAUACAUAAAAGAAAUCGACCCAGUGCAGUGUUCUGAUAAGUUAGAUGAAUUCAAAGAUGUUAAAGAUGAAAAGAUAAAAUAUUUUAAUUGUAAUAAGGAACAGUUGCCUUUAUUUUCAGAUAGUUUUCAAACUGCCUAUAUACCUCACAAUCCUGAUUCAAAAGAUGAAAAACAAAAAUUAGCUGAAACAUCAACAUCAUUGUCUAAUGUAAUUCCUAAUUAUGACUUAAUUGGCCAGCACAAGAAAAUGAAAUACAACAUUCAUGAGAGAAAUGGUGUGAGGUUUCUUAAAGGUAUUUUAAAGAAAGAAUCUAAGUAUGAGCAUGAUUAUCUUAAGGCACUAAUUAUAAAUCAAGGCUUGAAGUUUGGAAAUCAAAAAGCAGCAGCUAUCAGAGAUAGUAUUGAGUUAACAAAGGAAAAAGAAAAAGGUGCAGAAAUCACAAAGACUAUUAAAAAACUGAGGUGGUUUGAUGAGACUGGCGAUACAGAAAACAGUGCUGAAAACAAUCAUUCACUGAAGAAUAAAACAGGAGUAACUCAACAAUGGUCUCAACAAUUCCACAUUAAAAGUGCUGCUGGCAGCAACAUAAUUAAUGUUCCUGCUAGUGCUGGAAAUUCUGCUGAUAGAAAGAAGUCCGAGGAUGAUUAUUUCUCAGAAAAUGUCACUGUUUUAGGAGGAUCUGGAACAGACCAUGUCCCUUUGAACUGUUUUAUACCUUCAGGUUGUAACUUUGCUAAACAAGCCUGGCCAGCCUCAAAAAAAGAGGAAAGUAAAAUCCCUGUCCAUAAUGGUGAUUCUAAAACCCGGAAAGGUAAUCCACAAAGAGGUGGAGCAAAAGUAAUUAGAAGAACAGGAUCUGCAAAAGUCCAAUCAGGCUAUAUAUAUACAAACAGAAGAGGCACUGUCACUCAUCCACAGUCUGCAAGCAAAGUCAACAUGUUUAUACAAGCUCAGGGUAAACUAAUUAUGCCUCACCCUCCUCCUAAAUCUACAUCAAAUAUUAGAAGUGGUAAAAAUAUACAAGUGUCUCAGUGUCAAUCAGUAAUACCUGAAAAUUCUCAAAACAUUAUUACACAUAACUGUUUUAAUUCAAAACAUGUGCUUCCAACAGAACACAAUUUGAAUCAGUGGAAUCAAGAAAGUAGUCCUCCAUUCUCAAAUGCUGGUUCUGACCUAGUCACUGUGAUACCAUCUUUACCAUCUUAUUAUUCUUCUGAGUGCCAAACUUUAGCAAAAAGAAAUUAUUCAAAUGGCACUCAAACGAUUGCCCAGCAAAAUGGGACAUUAUAUUGUACGCAAAGAAGUCCUGUUUGUGAAGAAAGUUAUCAGUCUGUGACUCUUAGAAAUACUGAAGAAGAAUCAGUUCCCUUGAGGAAAAGAGGGCAUAAUAUCCUGCAUCAAAAUGAGAGGGCUACUGAUUCUACUGUUAUGAGAAGAAAACGAAUUGUCGAAAAUAAACAGAAAAGUCUUUUAGAGAAGAAAAGACAAAACCCUGGAUCUGUAGGACAGAAGUACAAUAAGCAAAUGAAUUGUAAACUUUCUGUAGUUUCAGAUAGUACCUCUGAGUUUUUGAUGGCUGAAAACCUAGUGAACGCAUCAGUGCCUGAGGAUGAAAUUCUAACUGUCAUGAAUAGCAAGCAGCUACAGAAACCAAAUAUGGCUUUAAAUAAGACACAGCAACUCAACAUCUGCACACUAUCAGCUGAAGAACAGAAGAUUCUACAGUCCCUUAAUCGUCUCAAUGAAAGGUUACACUAUAUACAAGAAACCAUUUGCAAAAAUCCAUCCAUCAAAAAUACUUUACGAAUAAUACCACUUCUGGAUGAAGAGAAGGAGGGACCGGAGCUCGCGGUGAGCUCGCGGGACGGGGUGCCCACCCAGCACCCCCUCUCCCUCCUGCCCUCCGGCAGCUACGAGGAGGACCCGCAGACGAUUCUGGACCACCACCUGUCCAGGGUCCUCAAGACCCCUGGCUGCCAGUCUCCGGGCAUGGGCCGCUACAGCCCCCGCUCCCGCUCCCCGGACCACCACCACCACCACCAGCAGUACCACUCCCUACCCCCGCCCGGGGGCAAGCUGCCCCCCACGUCGGCCUCGACGGGCGCCUGCCCGCUCUUCGGGGGCAAGGGCUUCGUGACCAAGCAGACAACGAAGCACAUCCACCACCACUACAUCCAUCACCACGCCGUCCCCAAGACCAAGGAGGAGAUCCAGGCGGAAGCCACGCAGACGGUGCGCUGCUUCUGCCCUGGGGGCACCGAGUUUUACUGCUAUUCAAAAUGCAAGAGCCACCCCAAGGCUCUGGAGCCCAUGCCGGGCGAGCAGUUUGGCGGCAGCAGAGGCAGUACCUUGCCCAAACGAAAUGGGAAAGGCACGGAGCCGGGCCUGGCCCCGCCGGCCAGGGAAGGAGGGGCCCCCAGCGGAGCUGGGGCCCUGCAGCUUCCCGGGGAGGAAGGAGACAGGUCGCAGGAUGUCUGGCAGUGGAUGCUGGAGAAAACGUUUGAGUCAUCAGACUUAGAUAACUAUAAAUCUGACAUGACAGCUCUGAGACUAGGACCCAUGCUGAGUAAUCAUUAUUGA